AUGAAAUUAAAACAAACCAAAGUGAUGUUUUUGAUCAUGUUAGUCCUAAUUUCGGCAGUGAUUCCCCGACCAUCAGAAGCAGCUCCGCAGAUCAAGUAUUGUUCGACAGAGAGGAUAGACAGAGUGCCCGGAUGUUUUAAUGCAUUGAGAUUAGCGUCAGACAGAGAUUACAGAUCGCUAACAGUAGAGUGUUGCAGAGCAGUAUACGCAACACUUCCUGAUACUUGCUUCUUGACUGUAUAUCCUGACAGAGUUUUACCUAUUAGUGUCUUCCGUGUCAUUUGUACUAAUACGGUCCCUGCUGGACCAACUUUUUAAUUC